CUAGUACUUAAUGCUGUAUACAUCUCUCGAGGUCUGCUCAAAUUACAUACUGCUGAAUUUUGGGGGAUAAAAUCUGUGUCUACACAUGAAUAUGUACAUGGUGCCCAACCCCCCCAUGCCAGGGUGUCCUCCAGGCCUGGAGUACCUGACACAGGUUGAUCAGUUGCUUAUAAAACAGAAGGUAGAACUUAUAGAAGCUCUUGUCGGGUUUGAAAGCAACAACAAGUACGAGGUGCGGAACUCGAUGGGCCAGAACGUGUUCUACGCGGUGGAGGAGAACGACUGCCUGACCAGGCAAUGCUGCGGUCCCCUGCGCUCCUUCACCAUCAGGGUCGUGGACAACUUCGGGCAGGAAGUGAUCACAGUGACCCGGCCGCUGAAAUGCAUGUCCUGCUGCUUCCCCUGCUGUCUGCAGGAGCUGGAGGUCCAGGCUCCGCCGGGGAACACGGUGGGGUACGUCAUCCAGCAGUGGCAUCCCUGCCUGCCCAAGUUCAUCGUGGAGAACGAGAACAGGGAGCCGGUUCUGAAGCUGCAGGGACCCCUCUGCGGCUGGAACUGUCUGCCAGACGUCGACUUUGAGAUCCUGACCAUGGACGAGGUCAACAAGAUCGGAAAGAUCAGUAAGCAGUGGACCGGCCUUCUCCGGGAGGCUUUCACUGAUACCGACAACUUCGGAAUCCAGUUCCCCAUGGACCUGGACGUCAGAAUGAAAGCAGUGAUGAUAGGCGCCUGCUUCCUUAUCGAUUUCAUGUUCUUUGAAAGUAACAACUAGGACCUGAGAGGAUCUCUGGCACCUUGGCAUGUGGGGAUGAUCAAGGAGGAAGAAGCCACGGCACGUUACACCUGUGUUUUUGUGUUUUGGACAUACAUUGGUUUGUAUGGAGGACUUUGUUCUGAAUAUCACAGGAGAAUAGGGAUGAAGAUUAGAGGUCAGAAUUACUGUAGCUUUCUGUGUGGAGUAUAUAUCACUGAUCAAGUGUGCACUGUGAAUCGGACUGAAAGUAAAGGGAAACCUUCCUUCAUAAUCUCGAUGAAAUGCCCAUUGAUGUCAGGCUACUUUGUACCCUGAGAUGCAUGAGUGGUUCAAGUAAAUUAUCCCUAAAUGUAAACAUGCAAAUGAGACUGAGAAUGAUCUGCAACUGGUUACUACCCUCUGCAAACAAAAAAAAAUCAGUUAGGAAAUCAAAAUCUGAUCAGAAUGAAAACCAGAAUCAUUCUGUGCGUCGGAGACAACAGAGGUCACGUCCUGCUUUAUAUCAAAAGAAGCCAACUAAAUACAUGAUGCCUCUUAUAAUUCAAAAUCUUUCAUCUCCUAUGCACACAUCACAAAAAGUCUGCUCAUGAUCGUAACUUCGUAACCGUGGGCUAAGUGUGAUCUAGUGUCAUCGUGUAUCUGUAUGUUAUAAGUGUUUAGUUAAUUUCAGCUUUUACAGCCUCCUACAACAAAGGAUUUUUUCGUUAAUGAUCUGUGUGUAGAAGUUGUUGUGGCGCAUUUGUUAUGUACUGUUACACAACCAGGAGUAAUUAUUGUUUAUUUAUGUUUAUUUAUUGUUUAUUUAUGUUAAUUUAUUUCAGAGAUCACUGACACCUUUAUACAAUUUUGGAUUAUCUCAUUAAUAUUCUUAUCGUGUUUUGCCAGAUAUCUAAGUGCACUAGUAGAACUAGGUUUUUAUUAUUAACAUUGCUUUUUAUUUUUCAUCUCAAGUUUUCAACUACUGAGCAAAGGCCAUAAUGAGAACAAUUUAUGUUAGUGCCAUCUUUCUUCCACCAGGUGGCAGCAGUUGUCCAUAUUCAGAUUUUUGGUGACAUAAAAUUGCAGCCGUACUGGCAGAGUGAAUACUCAUUUUACGCUUUCAGGUACAUUCAGCCUGAGUCACUUUGACUCACUCAGACUAGCUUCCACAUCUGUAAGACAGGUUUACACAGUUGACAGGUUGUUGUUGUAUACCAAAUAUGUUUUAGCUUGCACUGGAUUUUAUUCUUGUAUAGAGUUUAUUGUGUAUUUUGCUGUUUUUGUAAUUUUCUGUUUUAUAAAUACCACACAUGGGUAACAAAUAGUUGCACUGUAAAACAUUGGCAUAUUGACUUCAUGCACUAGAAAGCUCUUGAUAAUAAUUAGAAAUGAAAGACAAGAAUUUAGCAGAAUUUCUGACAGGCAUGUGUGUGUGUGUGUGUGUGUG